AUGCCUAGGCCCAACAAGUCCAUAGCCGUUGACAACCUUAAUCUCAUUUCUCUGACUUCAUGCGUUGGCAAGCUGUUUGAGCAUAUGAUCCAUGACCGGCUCACGUCGCACCUUGCGGACAACGGGUACUUCGCAGACACCAUGUACGGCUUCCGCCAGCUGCUUUCCACGCAGGACAUCAUUUUACUCCUCAAGAAAGAUCUAGUUCAUCACUUGAGCAAGAAUAGCAAGUCGUCCCUACUUUCCAUUGAUUCCAAGAGUGCCUUCGACAAUGUUAGCCAUAAAGCAAUACUACAAAGUCUCGAAGAUACCGGCUGCAGUUCCAAGAUUUAUGGCUAUGUUCGAAGCUUCAUCACCGGUCGUACGGCCACUGUGGGAAUAUAG